GUCUCGCGAAUUUUGGCACCACUGAGCAUGUUCUUUCUGUCUGUGAUCUCGUUAAAGAAAAGUAGUGCGCGUCUUGUGUCGUUAAAGUAAAAAUUUAUUAAAUUGUAUGGUGUAAAUUGAUUAACCUAUUUCUACUUAUUCUAGAGUACAAAAACAAAAACACAUUAAAAGUACAAUGAUUAGUACAGUGUAAAUUAAAAUGCGGAAAAAUAGUACGCCAAAAAAAUCGUUAAAAGAACAACACAUUGUGAACGUUAAGCAGAACAAAACACAUUUAAAAGAAAAGGUCCAAGAGGGCCUUUUCUUGUUCGCAUGCUUUUUCUCCAGUAACAUCGUCCAGCUAGAACGCACAGCGGCACUAGAAACCCAAAUCCAGAAGCAGACAGAAGAGACCACAACCCUAACCUUGCUCGCCACUUCAAGGUUGUCGACGAAGCCCUCCCGGUGCUUGGUAAAAGCUGAGAUCAUCAACAACAAGUUCCAGGCUCUUCCGGGACGCCGGAAAGAGGCCUGCUGAAGCUAUCUUCGUCGUUGAAAACAACCCUAUCAACUUUCGAUGGAAUUCCGUCGACUCAACCUAGUUCUGGCUUACAAACAUCGUUCAACGGUUCCGCUGCAUGCUGCAGCUAAGUACGAAGAAGAAAACCGCAAGUAUGCUAAAAUGAAAAUGUGACGUCACCUUCCCAAAAAUUGUUUAAAAUAAACCCCAA